CCAGGUUGGCUCAGUCACGUCUGGCACACACAGAGAACACAGAUAAAUAAGAGAAGAAAAGUACAGCGACUUAUUCUACUGCUGCAAAGCCAGAGACAGCAGACGAAGAGGGCGGUUGGCUUCUACCCCAAGGUAAAGCCCUGCCCCCUUUACCGCCUUGCCAACUCCUCCGAGAAAAAGAAAGGGGAGAGAGAGAAGGGGCCAAAGUGGAGAACAGCAGGUCUUCUGCGGCUGGCAUUUGGAGUACAGGGAGCCAGGAAGUGAAGGAUGGUUGUGGUUACCCGAUCUGGCUGCAGGGCAGCUCUCUUCCUCUGGAUUUUCAGCAGCAUUAGCUGCAGAGCCAGGACUGCUCUGCCUGCAUCUCAAAAGUGUGAUGAAGCUCUGGUCUCAGCGUUACCCCACUCCUCCUUCAGCAGUUCAUCAUUUAUGACAAGCAGCUAUGUGCCAGGGUAUGCCAAGUUAAACAAAAGAGGAGGUGCAGGAGGUUGGUCUCCAUCAGACAGUGAUCAUUAUCAGUGGCUGCAGGUGGAUUUUGGGAAUAGGAAGCAGAUCAGUGCUAUUGCAACUCAAGGCAGGUAUAGCAGUUCUGACUGGGUCACUCAGUAUCGGAUGCUCUAUAGUGAUACAGGGAGAAACUGGAAACCAUAUCACCAGGAUGGAAAUAUCUGGGCAUUUCCUGGAAAUACAAACUCCGAUAGUGUGGUUCGACAUGAUUUACAACAUCCAGUUAUCGCUCGCUAUGUACGUAUAGUUCCUUUGGACUGGAAUGGAGAAGGCCAAAUUGGGCUGAGAAUUGAGGUCUACGGCUGCUCCUACUGGGCUGAUGUUAUCAAUUUUGAUGGCCAUGUAGUGUUACCAUACAGAUUCAGGAACAAGAAAAUGAAAACAUUGAAAGAUGUCAUCUCUCUGAAAUUUAAAACCUCUGAAAGUGAAGGUGUAAUCUUCCACGGAGAAGGACAGCAAGGAGACUAUAUCACCUUGGAACUCAAGAAAGCCAAACUUGUUCUAAAUUUAAAUUUAGGUAGCAACCAGCUUGGCUCUAUUUAUGGCCACACAUCUGUGAUGACAGGCAGUCUCUUAGAUGAUCACCACUGGCACUCCAUCAUCAUAGAGCGCCAUGGAAGAAACAUCAAUCUCACCCUGGACAGACACAUUCAGCAUUUCAGAACCAAUGGAGAAUUUGAUUACCUGGACCUGGAUUAUGAGAUAACCUUUGGAGGCAUGCCUUUUUCUGGAAAACCAAGUUCUAACAGCAGGAAAAAUUUCAAAGGCUGUAUGGAGAGCAUCAACUACAAUGGCAAUAAUAUCACUGACCUUGCCAAGAGGAAGAAAUUGGAGCCUUCUAAUGUGGGAAAUUUAAGUUUUUCUUGUGUGGAGCCACAUACAGUGCCUGUCUUUUUCAAUGACACCAGUUACCUUGAGGUUCCUGGUCGCCCAAGCCAGGAUCUGUUUUCAGUCAGUUUCCUUUUCCGAACCUGGAACCCCAAUGGACUUCUUGUCUUCAGCAACUUUGCAGAUGGCCUGGGCAAUGUUGAGAUUGACAUUAAUGAAGGCAAAGUCAGCGUUCACAUCAAUGUCACCCAAAUCAAGAAGAACCGAAUAGACAUCUCAUCAGGCUCUGGUCUCAAUGAUGGGCAGUGGCAUGAAGUUCGAUUCCUAGCUAAGGAAAAUUUUGCUGUUCUCACCAUUGAUGGAGAUGAAGCUUCAGCCGUGCGAACAAACAGCCCUCUGCAAGUUAAGACUGGAGACAAAUAUUUCUAUGGAGGGUUUCCUAUGCAGAUGAAUGACUCGGAUCACUCGUUAUUUCAGCAUUCAUUUCAAGGAUGCAUGCAGUUUAUUCAUGUGGAUGACCAGCUGGUGGAUUUGCAAGCAGUAGAGCAAGGCAAGCUAGGAAGCUUUGCCAACGUAACCAUUGACAUGUGUGCAAUUAUUGACAGGUGCGUGCCCAAUCACUGUGAACAUGGUGGCAAAUGCACCCAGACGUGGGACAUCUUCAAGUGCACUUGCGAUGGAACUGGAUACAGUGGCGCCACUUGUCAUAACUCUAUUUAUGAACUCUCUUGUGAAGCAUACAAACACUUGGGCAAAACUUCAAAUUACUACUGGAUAGAUCCAGAUGGCAGUGGGGCACUGGGACCUUUGAAAGUUUACUGCAACAUGACAGAGGAUAAAGUAUGGACAACUGUCUAUCAUGAUCUGCAACCGCAGACUUCUGUGGGAGGCAACAGCUUGGAAAAAUUAUCUGUACUGCAGCUCAACUACAGUGCAACGAUGGAUCAGAUUUCUGCCAUUACCAGUAGUGCUGAAUACUGUGAGCAGUUUAUCUCAUAUUCUUGCAAGAUGUCCCGGCUGCUUAAUACACCAGAAGGGAAUCCAUAUACAUGGUGGGUUGGAAAAGCCAAUGAGAAGCACUACUACUGGGGAGGAUCAGGACCUGGUAUUCAAAAAUGUGCCUGUGGCAUUGAACGCAACUGUACUGAUCCCAAGUACUACUGCAACUGUGAUGCUGAUUAUAAACAAUGGAGAAAAGACACUGGGAUGUUGUCAUACAAAGAGCACCUACCAGUGAGUCAAGUUGUUGUUGGAGACAUUGACCGGCCUGGGUCUGAAGCCAAGAUAUCUGUGGGUCCCGUGCGUUGUCAAGGAGAUAGAAAUUACUGGAAUGCAGCUUCUUUCAUCACAUCAUCAUCCUAUCUUCACUUCUCUACCUUCCAAGGGGAAACAAGUGCAGAUAUCUCUUUUUAUUUCAAAACAUCGGCCUCAGAUGGGGUGUUUCUUGAGAAUCUGGGGAACACUGACUUCAUCAAACUGGAGCUGAAAUCUGCUGCAGAGGUUUCCUUUUCAUUUGAUGUUGGAAACGGGCCUGUGGAAAUCGUCGUCAGGUCUCCCAACCAGCUGAAUGAUGACCAGUGGCAUCGGGUCAACGCUGAGAGAAAUGUCAAACAAGCCAGUCUGCAGGUAGACCAGCUGCCCCUGGAGGUCCGGAAAGCCCCAACAGAAGGGCACACACGACUGGAAUUGUACAGCCAGCUCUACGUUGGUGCUGCAGGAGGCCAGCGGGGUUUCCUAGGUUGCAUUCGUUCAUUAAGGAUGAAUGGAGUGACGCUGGACUUGGAAGAGAGAGCAAAAGUCACACCAGGGGUGAAGCCUGGCUGCUCUGGCCACUGCACGAGCUAUGGGAUGUACUGCGCAAAUGGUGGCAAAUGUGUCGAGAAAUACAACGGCUACUCCUGUGACUGUUCCAAAACUGCAUAUGAUGGACCAUUUUGUAUUAAAGAUGUGGGAGCAUUUUUUGAAGAGGGAAUGUGGCUUCGUUACAACUUUCACUCCCCAGGGACCAGCAUGAAGGAUUUAGUUAGUCGAACCCUGUUGAGUUCCACAGAUCCUGAGACCACAGCAACAGACCUUAACUUGAAUAAAGAAGAGCUCAGCUUCAGCUUCAGUACUACCAAGUCCCCUUGUGUCCUUUUGUACAUCAGUUCCUAUACCCAGGACUUCAUGGCGGUACUUGUCAAGCCAUCUGGGAAUUUGCAAAUUCGGUACAGCCUAGGAGGUACCAAAGAGCCAUAUAAUAUUGACAUCGACCACAGAAACAUGGCAAAUGGACAGCCCCAUACUGUAAACAUCACACGGAAUGAACGGGACAUAGUUCUACAGCUUGAUCACUAUCCUCCAACAAGUUACAGCCUGCCAACAACAUCUGACAUACUGUUCAAUUCCCCAAAGGCACUCUUCCUAGGGAAAGUUAUAGAAAUCGGGAAGAUUGACCAAGAUAUAUAUAAAUACAACACACCAGGAUUCACUGGCUGCCUAUCAAGAGUACAGUUCAACCAGAUUGCUCCGCUAAAAGCAGCUUUGAGACCUACCAACGCCUCCUCUCACGUCCACAUUCAAGGGGAACUGGUGGAAUCCAACUGCGGAGCAUCUCCACUGACAAUCCCACCAAUGUCGGCUGCAACUGACCCGUGGCACUUAGAUUCAGCCAGUGCUGAUUUCCCGUACAAUGGUCAAGCUAUAGGAGAUGGAGUUAACAGAAACUCUGCCAUUAUUGGAGGCGUCAUUGCUGUGGUGAUCUUCACCAUCCUCUGCACCUUGGUGUUCCUGAUCCGCUACAUGUUUCGCCACAAGGGAACCUACCACACCAACGAGGCCAAAGGGGCAGAGUCAGCUGAGAGUGCCGACGCUGCCAUCAUGAACAAUGACCCCAACUUUACGGAGACUAUCGACGAAAGCAAGAAGGAAUGGCUUAUCUAAGCCCACAGGGAGGGGGCCUGGGGUGGGAUACAAGCAGGGCCAGGGUGGGACUGGGAUGACUCUUGCAGUGGGGAGAGAACACUCUGCGUUGGACGCUUGAGCACAUGUAUGGUAAAAAGAUCAGCACAACUGGAGGAGCAAGUGACAGGAAAAACUACUGAGACUGCAGGAAAAAAAGAAUAUCGCAAGCAUUUAAGAAAAAUACUUUUUAAUAUUUAUUUACAGAAAAUUGCCCCUUCUGUAUUCUCACCACUACAACAAAGAGCAGUUUUGCAGCUUCAGCAUUGGUUAAAAUUUUCAGUAAUAACUAUUUUUUCUGUAUGUGUCUAGAGGCGUUCUAAAGAACAAGAAACAGGGCCAUUUUUUUACAUUUUUUAAAAGCUGUUUAAAAUGGGGGUAGUUCUGUCCUGAGAACAAGUCACAGACCUUUGUUCCCAGCAUUGUGUUCCUUCAUGGCUGGCCACUUCCCCGCAGGCUGCCGUCAGCCCUGCACCUUCACUUUAUCAUGGUUCAUUUCGGCGGUGUUGAACCAGGGGUUCAGCGCUGGGAGUGGGACAGAGGGGUGAGGAUGGAUGCUUAAUGCAAAUUAUACUUGCCGGUUUUUCAAAAUGUUGUCAGCCUGUGCCAACCCUGGCAGGAUCCAUCUUUUUCGACCCAGACACUUUGUUGAUUGUGGACAACUCUCAUCAGCUUUUUAAAAAUACUGUUAUUAUGACUACUACUACUACUACCAGAGAGGAUGAUCAUAAAGCACAGGAAUCUUUUUUUUUUUUUUUUGGUUAUUAUUAUUUUGUUGGACUCUGAGGAAGGAUGGUGCCAUGCGAGUCUGUAGACCAAGCCUGUUCCUGUAUCUUUGGCUAUGGUAUUGAUGAUCAGAGGCACAUGCCAGUUUAAGCCCAGCUCUGCCUGUGAUGUUCUGGUAAAUACUGUCCUUAAGCAUAAGCAUUGUAGUAGGGAAUUAGAGCCAGAUGUUGUUUACUUCUGUUUCUUUUUUAUAGGCUGUCUCAGAAACAUUAGUACAGCUCUAGUUUAAACUCAUGGACUUCACUAUCACUUCAUGAUACUUUUUACAGCUCUGGCACAGCAAUUAAUAUUUUAAUCCCUUGUUUUAGUACCUUUCUGAAGAAAGUCUCUGCUGGCAAAAUUCACACAGGCAGGAAGGUGAAGCAACAAAAGCUUGAAAGUUCUGCCCGGAGAGAAAAGCGCACAGCCCUACAGAGGAGUUACUUUUCAAUACGUAGAUUUUCCUGGACUAUUACUUGUCUUUGUAAGGCAUUUUCAAGAACAGCAAGGACAAUGCCAAGUGCAGCAUUGUACCCCAUGUCCUCUCUCAGACCGGGGAAGUUGCUGUUGGCACCUGAGAAGCAGACAAGCAGCUACAGGAAAGGCAAUGGGGCAGCCUGAAGACCUAAUAUCCCUUGAUGGCAAUAAAGUAGCUUUAGCUUGCCCUCUGCAUAUGUGCAUGGUUCUCCAAUGGCCUGUUUUGGUAAAAAAUUAGGGUCUUAAUGGGCAGUUUUUGCAGCGGAACAGAAUAAAUUAAUGAAUGUAUUGCAAGGCAUUUUCUGUGUGCUAAAAGAACAGAAGCAACAACAAGAGUUUCCCUUUAGAAGUAUUUAAGCUUGUGACAGUCUUAGAUUUGCUUUACCUUUAAUAUUGCUGGGUUUAAUAUGCGCAGAUUUAAUCCAUUUUUCUUUACAAGAAAGAUUUAUUUUUCAGAUCCAAAUCUAAAAUUUACUACACUGACCAGUGUGUUGGCAUCUUUAAUUCCCUUAUCCUUUUAAUUGUAUUUUUCAUUAUUUUAGUUUAUGUUUUAAAAUAAAGAAAAAAUAAUAAUAAUGGAGAGGGAGGAGAUAUUGGAGCCUUACCUGACAAGAAGUUUGUAAGCACAGUUUUUCAGACAGACACACACAGGGCCAGAUAGUUUUGUAUAAGGGUGGUAGCAUAAAGUCCUCUGCUAGAUUCAUUGAACAUAUGUCAAUGUUCUUUUGACCAAAUCAAAGCCAUGUAUUUCUUCUGUUUAUGGAUUUGGAAUUAGCAUACAAAAAGUUGCCAGUUUCAAGGAAAACUGUUUCUCAGGUAACAUUGUGUGGCAGAGGGGUUCAGGUAGACGUGAAAGCCACUUCUGUCACUCUUGUGCUCUACAGUCUUUUGCCUUGCCUCCAGGAUCAGUAUCUCCCUCUCUUGUGCUUAAUUAAGUGGAUGAGUCACUGUUCAUUUUUUCUUAUGGAUGUAAGAUAAGUCUCCACCCCUUUGGAGAAUAUCAGCUUGGGAUAGAUCUAGCCUGCACCACUAACUAUUCAGCAAAAUACUUUGGUUGUUCUAUGCUGCACAAAUGUCUAUCUAUGACUAGAAAGAUGUUCUCUUUUUUGUACGAUUUUAUAUAUUUUGAUUUUGGUCCACUCUGAAAAACAUCCAUGCCUCAACGUCAAGUUAUCAAGAGAAGUGAAUAUAGCAUCAUUUGCAUAGGUUGGAAUUUGGCUUGCAGCAAAAAAAAAGCUACUUACUAAUCUGAAUUUAAUGUCAGGGAAGGGGGAUCAAACUCAUGUAUCCUAAGACACUGGAAUCCUCUGAUGCUAGAGGAUGUGGGAGAGACACACUUAUCAGCCACAGUGCAAAUUUGCCAAAUACCUCAGCAUGGUGCUAGAGGGGAAAUAUGGCUUGGUCUCUGUGCCUAGCCAAGUCCUUGGCUAAGCUAGGGACUGUUGUUGGAUUAUGGUAAUGGAUUCUGACAUCUAUUCAUUGACUUUCUGAAAGAUUACUAGCUAAUCUCUCACAACCCUGCAAGCAGAAAUGUCUGGAAAACAACCUUUGACCAUUGCACGUGCAAUAGUUGUAAAUUUGUGUCUUGAACUUGAAAGACAGGAUUUACAGUUCUUAAAUUAGGUUGCAAACAUCAGCAUCUCUCCAUUGACUCGACACUGUGGACCUCUUUAUGCGAAGCCCAGUAACGCUGUGUUAAAAUGUUGACAGUCUUUGAUCUUGUUGCAAUUUUCCUGAUACAAUCACUUUCUUAACUCUAGAAACUCUUUGAAUUAAUUAUUAGAAUCCUUCCUUCCUCUUAUACUGGAUCUUAUACAUGAUAUUUUAGACUAGCAGCUGAUCUCUGUGUAGGCUUUUCAUGACUGUAGGUGAAUUCCUGGCUUCCGGCUUUGUUUCUAAUUUUUUGAGAAUGCUGUAUGCUUAAUUAUAGGCACUGGCCAUUAAGCUGCCUAGGAAUGAAGCAGGAGCAGGCUCAGAAAAGUAGCUUGUAUAUUUCUGCUAGCACCAUAUCUAUUCCGAGGAGUUUUUCCUCUGUGGGCCUAUUAUUGGAGGUUGCAACAACAUCCAUAGUUUAUUUCACCUAUUCUUAUUUGUGCCAAAAAUCCAUAUUAUUUGACAGAUACUAUCCAAAUGCCUGUUGUGGGAAAAUCUGAUGAGGAGUAGAGUGGACCCUGCUUUUAUAAAAAUCUGUACUUUCCCCCAGAGAAUAUUAAAACAAGCAGUCUGGUAUCACCUGCUUUUAGCUGUAUUACCUAUCUAACUGCACAGGAAAAUGUAGCCUCUUGCACUGGUUGGGGAACUAAAGUGUCCCAGUUGUGUUUAUAGCAGGCUUGUUGUGAUUCCCCUGGAACUAAUGGUAAAACUGCUACCACAUGUUGGGAGAGCAAGACUGGGCUGGAGACCAGGAGUCUCUUGUGUUAGCAAUAUUUGGAUAUUCAUUCACAACACAUGCAGACCACUAGGAAACGAGUUGUAGAGCUCCAAAGAGCCAAAAUGGUGAAAAACUAAUCUCAAUGUCAACCCAGCCUCAAGGGGAAAUCUGCAAUCCAAUCUGUUGGUUUUGAAUCAAGUCUUUCACACACUGCUUAUUCCAUACUUACUGAUAGAAAAUUCAGGUGUAUUAAAUAAGAAUAUGCAUCUUUAAUUGGUACUGGAACAUUUCUGCAUUGUAUUUUUCUUGUCUUAAACCUUACCUAUACCUUUUAUAUCUCUUGUAGCAGUUACCACUUCAAAAAUAUGGCAGUAUUUUAACAUCGUGCUCUAGCUAGCAUGAUGUAUACAAAAGGAUGGUUAUUAUAAAUAUUUUACUAUGACUGCCAGAGCAGUGGUGCAUAUAUACAAGUUUAUUGUAAUAAGAAUUCAGUAUAAAAGAGUCUAGUAAAUAAUUACAUUUUAAUUAAAACAGUGUCCUUUAAUGACAGAUGCAUCUAAUCACUGGGAUAUCUGUUGAAAUAGGAAGCUAUCUCGGUUUGACAAGCAAUAGCUUUUAAUUUGGUUUCUCCCUUAAAUUAUUUCACAUUCCAGUGAGCAUGGUGACUCUGAAAGGUUGUCAUCUUUAAAAAGAGGAAUCUAGAUUCUGUUAAUCAGAUUUCAUUGUCCAUCCUAGAGAUAUGAAACAGAAACCUUGCCUUCUUAAAGCAACAGCAUGUAAAUUAGAAUGAACAAAGGACAACAUGUAUGUACGCCUAAUAUCUUGUGUGAAUGUCUUUCCUUUUAACUGAAGUUCUAUUAGAAAUUGGAUUGGUAAAUAAAAAAAAAAAAGAAAAAAAGAAAGCAAUUCUAAAUAGUUUUAAUUACCCUAACAACUUAUUCUUUGGGCUUUGUAUGUUCUGAUCAUUGUCUACAUUUUUCCUUCUCUAGUACCAGGAAAUCAAUUCAAAAAGACAGAAGUUGGAGAGGCCUUGUAAGAAAGACACAAAGUACGUGAAAAAAGGGACUUCAGUAUGCAGUUAUACAUAAAAAGAGAAAAAAUGAAAACCAGGGAAGAAUUACUAAAAUGCAUGCAUGCUCCUCCUGUGUCAGGCAGCCUUGAUUGUGUGUUAUGGGUGAGAAUCAUAGAAUCAUGGUAUGGUUUGGGUUGGAAGGGCCCUUAAAGACCGUCUAGUUCCAACCCCCAUGCCAUGGGCAGGGACACCUCCUACUAGACCAGAUGGCUCAAAUUCCCCAUCCAUCCCAGCCUAAAACACUUCCUGGGAUGGGGCAUCCACAGUUCCUCUGGGCGACCUGUGCCGGUGCCUCACCACUAAUAAAAUAAAUUUCUAUAAAAUACAUAAUUUCCCUAUAUCUAAUCUAAAUCUACCCUUAAUACUGAGCAGUGUAAAUCUGUACCUGUUGAAGUGGACUGAGAGUCUGAGCAUAGAGUUUUGAUGGAGUCAAAGUGACUACCUUUCUAAGUUUUUUCCAUUUUUGAAUGCUUUGCAGAUAGCAGCAAGCAGUCUGUCACCACUUCUGCUCGUUUGUUAUUGCAGAUUCAGUGGCAGUGCCAGCUUCACAAAAGCUACACACUAAAAAUGACUGGGUGUGGGUUGUUUGCCUUCCUUUCCUACCACAACUCUGUCCUUUCCUUUAUGAAAGUGAGCCUUUUAUUGAAGUCAGCAAGAAAAAUGUUUGCCCAGCUUAACAGACUUGUGUGAUUCAUUUAAUAAACUACCCUAACAAGCUUUAUUUUUUAAAAUUUUUUUAUGAGAAGCAUUUUAUGAAAGAACUACAUUAAGUGCAGUUGAAUAACAGUGUGAAAUCUAGGCAAAGAAGCACCAGAGCAACAACCACCAGAGUCAGAGGGGCUGUGAUUGUUCUAACCUGUUUCUUUCUGCAGCAUGAAUUGCUUUAACCGCUGUUCCAAAGCCCUGACCCUGUCCGAGACCUUAACCUACUUUGCAGAAUAUAACUGUGGCAAAGUCCAGUGAUGCCUUGUGACCAUGUUUUGACUGUUCAUUUGUACUGACUGUUGAAACCUCUAGAAGGAGAAAGAGUCAUGCAUUCUACAGGUAUAUUUCCAUUCCCCUUCUUUUCCCCACAGAUCCCAUUUUCAGGGCUGUAGGCUUUCAAAAGGCUUUUGUCUGUAAAACAGACUGAAAGAGUCACUGGAGCAAGUCAAUGAACUCUUGAAUCAGCCAGAAAGCAAUGACUUCAGGUGAUUCAAGUCAGGCUGAAGGAGGUAUGUAACAUAAAUAAACUUGUCUGAAUAAAGAUGAGGUAGUCAUCCCCUUUAUGCUAAUAUUCAAUCUCUAAACUGUGCAUCCUCACACUUACAGUUAGUAUGUCACUGAAGCAGUCUGACCUUGGCACAGUCAAUAAACCAUUCACAAGCUGGCCCAACAACCUGUUACUCUUUUGUCUUAAAAGUCUAUGUUAGGUACAUGUUUAAAAAUAAAUGUAUGGCUUGCCAUCAUAAAGCACUGACCUUUAUUGAGGUGACUGGACACCAUAUCAACAGACAGUUGUAGUUUAUUUCUGUUACAAAACAAAGGUCUGUCUGCAGAUUAUUUUUUUUGUGUGUGUAACUUGCACUAACAUGACCUUUAGCCCUGAAUCAUAAACAAAUGCAGCAAGGCAAUGUAACUAAAAGAAAUUUUCCUUUUGUGCACAUCUUGAAACACAGGCUGUAAUGCCCCUUUCAUUAUUAAAUUGCUGCUACAGGAAUAAGGUCUCUGCACACAUCUCAUUGUUUCCAAAUUCCUUAUCCACCUCUCCAAGGCCAUCAUGGAAAGAAUUUGGCUAACAGUUUUGUGGUUUUUUUUUUUUUUUUUUUUUUUUCCCCAUUUCUUCCUCUACUUUAGAAAUGUUUCCUCUCACUGAUAAAUUCCUCACCUUUUUCUGUCAGGAUACAUAACUCCUUUACAGCAAUGCUGGCUACUUUGACUAAGGUGAAGACUCUUACCUUCCUAAAAUGUGGCUAUUUUAUUGGGAAAAAAUGACAAUAAAUUCCUGUCAUGUGC